AUGUCUGAUAGUCCUAUAUUGUUUGAGGAAAUCUUCGAAGUGCGAAGCGUGAAUCCUGAUGGAAAGGCUUUCGAAAAGGUGACUCGGUUUGCCGCUACUUCGGUUACUUACGGAAUGGACAUGCUGAUCGAUAUUAACACCGACAUUUAUCCUCUGAAGGGAACUGACAGAUUUUCUCUUGUUCUUGCAUCGAAGUUGUAUAAGGACAACAGACCGGACCCUGGCGUUUAUAUGGACUAUUCGAAGGAACACACUUUGCUGGAUGAUUAUGAUUAUUGCAUGCACGGAAAAGUUUUCAAAUAUCAGUACAAAGACGAUGGUAAAGUUUUAAUCUAUGUGUCGUAUGGUGGCUUGCUGAUGAGUCUGGAGGGAGAGCUCAAGCAUAUCGAAAAAGUAAAGUACGGAGACCGCAUCUACUGCCUAAUUCGUGUGAUAAACUAA